AUGGUGAUGGCCAGUAAGAGCUACUGGCGGAUCAAACGAGUCAAAGGCCUCCACCUCGCAGCAGAGAAAGGAUACGUCGAUCUCACCUACAUCGACAUACGUGCUGCGGGGCAAGGGCUCGAGGACUUGUUGAUGACCUUUGCCGAGAGGCUGGCGAAGCCACGGCGAAUCAUCAUCCCGGACUUGCGGAACCAUGGCGAGAGUCCUCACACACGGAGCAUGGGGUACGUCAGCAUGGCCCAAGAUGUGAUCAGCCUGCUUGAUCGAAUGGGGAUAGAGAGGUGUUGCGUCAUCGGCCACUCCAUGGGAGGAAAGGUUUGUACGGCGACUGAGAGAGAAGAGGAGGAGGAUCUUACGGAGGGUUCCAGGGUUGAAUCUGUUGCCAUCCUCGACAUUGCUCCUGCAGAUUACUCAAAGGCUCUAGGAAAGGGGAGUGAAACUUGGAGGGACAUCGCCGUUACCAUCAACUCCCUGUACGGGCUCCCUCUUGAAGAAGUCAAGGACAAGAGGCACGCAGACGAGCUGCUGGCAGCUUCCAUCCAGGACCCCUUGUUGAGGGCCUUCGCUCUUACAAACCUCGUCAAGGAGGACCAAGCAUGGAAGUGGCGUAUCGGGAUUCAAAACAUCAAAAGGAAUAUGGGCAUUAUUGGGGGGUUCGAUCUUGGCCAGGGGCUGCAGCAACCCGCAUCCGUCCUAGGUCUCUCGUUUCCUGGUGAUGCGUUCUUUGUGCAAGGAGGGAAGUCUCCUUUUAUCAGGUCAAGGCAUCUCGAAGAGAUCAUGCGGCUGUUCCCAAACUUCACCCUGCAGGUGGUGAAUGGAGGUAGAGGGGGUGCCGAGCAGAGGGAAGGGAUGAGCGAGGGAGGGAGGGUGUCAGGGGAGGGGAACAGUGGGAUAGAGUGCUGGGGGAGCAGGGGAGGAGGUGGUAGUGGACAGGAAAAGCAGGAGAGGAGGUGGGAUAGAGAGCAGGGGUGGACGGGAGAGGAGACGAUUCGGAAUGCUGGGCAUUGGGUACACUCGGAGGAUCCGGAGACGACCUUGCAGAAUGUACAGAACUUCCUUGACAGAUGA